AUGACCUCAACCUCUCCGAAUGCCUCUGGCACGAUCAUAGCUUUGAGCAUGACGGCUGAAGCCAUGUGGCGAAACGGCUCGGCACUCGCAGGAGGCCCGGCAAAACUCGCCGACGAAUUUGCCAAGGGUAUGAACGUCGACGUCACCAGCAGCUCACACAUGGGCAAGCUCGCUCCUGGCCCUAACCGAAAAUCUCCGACAAGAUUUGCCGUACGUUCGACGUGCGUUUGCCGUGCCUCGCCGAGCAACGUGACGAGCGGUUUCGGCAGAACCCUUACUCGACGAAUGACGGCGAUUGUUGCUCGCACUCGUCGACCUCCGCCCUCUCCGUUGAACGAAGAAUGCCGUCACAGUUCACACCGAUUGGCGUGGUACACGCCCGAUCAAGGGGAUCGGGAAUGGGCUCCAAUGAUGGCCCGAUCGACCGGCAUCUCGGGUCUUUCGGCGUUUCAUCACCGACUGUCGACUUGUGCGAGUGGGACGAGCGUUGAUCUUAGCUCGAGAUGUGCUGCCGACCGCUUUGAGUAUAUCCUGAUGCAAAGGCUUGUGGUAAAGAUCCGCGUGGCAAGGGCGACGGCAUCGGAUCCGGUUCCAGAAAUCGUUACCGCAGCUUCAAGUUCGCUUGUCACUCGGGUGAUCGCGGGUGGGCUCGAGCCUUGUACCUCCAUCACACGAUCCACUGGGCGACUCGAACCGGCAGCGAUGGCGGUAGCUUCGACAGGGAAGGUCGCACGGCGGGAUGAGUUUGUGCAUCGGCUGCCCAAGAUUGAGCUGCACGCGCAUCUCAACGGCUCGAUCCGGCGGAGCACGCUCUGCGAGCUCGCGGCCGCCAGGGGCAUCGAUGCGGCCGCAGCCAUGCUGGACUCGCCCACGCCCCAGACGCUCAGCGAGGCGUUUGAUGUGUUUCGCGUGAUCCACGCGUGCGUCACGACACUCGAAGACAUCGAGCGACUGGCGUACGAACUCGCCCUCGACCUCGACGACGACGGUGUGGUCUAUGCGGAGAUCCGCACCACGCCCCGCGCUCUACCUGCCUCGUUGGCCGCACAGAAUGCCGGUACUUUGGAUGAGUAUGUCGAGGCCGUACUCCGAGGCUUUGCGCGAUAUGACUCCAAACAAGAGGGUGAUAAAGCGGGUUUGCGUCUGAUCCUUUCGAUCGACCGUGCGAAGCACACGGCCUCGGACGCCGAGGCGAUCGUCGACCUUGCGCUGCGCUUUCAGACCCGCGGCGUCGUCGGCAUGGACCUCUCUGGCGACCCGACCAAAGGCGAAUGGGCGGCAUUCGAACCUGCGCUGCAGCGGGCUCGUCUGCACGGGCUCAAGAUCACGCUGCAUGCCGGCGAGGUGCGCGGGCGCGACGACGAGAUGGCGGCCAUGCUCGCUUUCCACCCGGACCGAUUUGGCCACUGCUGCUUUGUCAGCGCGCCCAACCUUGCACUGCUCAAGCAGUCCGGUGUGCCUAUCGAGCUGUGUUUGACGAGCAACUUGCUGUCCAACUCGACGCCGAGUCUGGAACGACACCAUUUCCGCGACCACUACACACACGUCGAUUCGCAUGCAGAGCAAGAGGAGCGCACGGUGUGCUGCAUCUCGACCGACGACAGUGGCGUGUUCAACAGUCCGUUGUCGAACGAGUUCCGCCUCGUGAUGCAGACGUUUGCGCUCGACGAAGAGCAGGCUUUCCACUUGGCCCGCCGCACUCUGCAAGCGACCUUCCUCACACCAUCUGCGCACAAUUCUACCAACGAGGCGAUGAACCAACUCAUGCGCAAAGACGAUCAGCUGCGCCAAAGCAUGGAUGCGCGCUUUGCCGCGUUCCACCAGACAUGGCGGUGGAGUUGA